AUGGAAGACCCCAAUCCCCUCAACACAGUCGAGCCCCUCCUGCCAGCGACCUGCAGCCGUCCCGGUCCUGUGUUUGAGACCGGAGAGGGGGUCCUCCAAAAUCGUCCUUCAGGCAAGUACGCUCCUAUUCAAAACAUUUUGCUUCCUGAAAAAAUCCCUGUUUCCAGUCGACUAUCAACUGAACAACCGCCUUCAAUUCUAACCGUUUCGACAACUGCACGCAAGCGUACUACAAGUUCUAUGGGUCAACUGUAUCCUUUGGACACCGUAUGCAAUCAUGUAAACCGCGAAAUCUCUACGACCGAACCCACUGCUGUGUGCGAAUCUAUGGAGUCAUCUGACAAAAGAAGUUGUCUUGGACAACUGAGCAAUCAACAACCGUUAUUCUGCUGUACAUCGGGAUGCACUCUUGCCCCUAGCUACGAGGAAGCCCCUAUCUCUCUCAUCGCAGUCGAGCCCCACCCGCCAGCGACCAUCAGCCAUCCCGGUCCUGCGUUUGAGUUGAGAGACGGGGUCUUCCGAACUCCUCCUGCAGGCAAAGCAACAGCCCCCCGUCCGAAAUCGCACGUUACUAUGUACUACCAGAACGUUGGCGGAAUGAAUGGUCUAGUGGAAGAUUAUCGACUAGCGGUCAUGGAUCAUUGUUACGAUAUCGAAGUUCUGACCGAAACUUGGCUAGACUCUCGCACAAUUUCAAGCUAUAUUUCUGGAACUGGGUACGAGGUUUUUCGAUGUGAUCGAAACUCGAAUAACAGCAGGAAAUCGACAGGAGGUGGCAUCAUAAUCGCUGUAAGUUCUAGGCUGAAGGCAUCAGUAAUCGAAGACGAUUCGUUCAACACCGUGGAGCAGGUUUGGGUAUCUAUUCAGCUCGGAGGCCGUAAACUAUUUGUUUGUGCGGUGUACAUUCCUCCAGACCGAACUCGAGACUUGGAACUCAUCGACACGCACUGCCGAUCAGUCUUCUUUGCGUCGGAAAUAGCGUCUCCCAACGAUGAAAUCAUCGUUCUGGGCGACUUCAACCUUGCAGGAGUCGCGUGGGUUCCAACUCACAACGGUUUCCUACGCCCUGAUCAGGAGCAUUCCUCGUUUCAUCCGGGAGCUCUCAGGUUGCUGGAUAAUUACAGUACUGCAACGUUAUCUCAAGUUAAUUGCAUCGUGAAUGAGAAUAAUCGCUUGCUGGAUCUGUGCUUCGUCGGCGGUCGUUACACCGCUCCAUUUAUUUCCACUGCACCUGUUCCUUUGGUCAAGGCUUCCCCUCACCAUCCAUCUCUUGUAAUCGGAGUUGAGAAUGAUGGCGUCCGUGACUAUGUUGGUACUUCAACUGCUGUGUCAUAUGUUUUUCGCAAGGCGAAUUAUUGCAGUAUUGCCGAAGUGCUGUCUAACUUGGAUUGGCAGAGUAUCCUCGACCCGGCCGAUGCAAGUACAGAUGCCAUAGCGAGAGCAGCCACGCGGCUAAAAACGUCGUACAAAUCGGGACCUGACGGUGUUCCGUCGGUUUUCCUAAAAACGAACAUUUCCUGCCUUCUGGACCCACUUCAUCGAAUCUUCCAGCUCUCCCUCUCUAAUGGUGUAUUUCCGUCCUGCUGGAAGACAGCUGAAAUGUUUCCUUGUGUAAAAAAAGGGACGCAAGCGCGAUAUAAAUAA